UGAAACUAAUAAAUGUCAAAGUUACCCAAAUCUCAUUGUCAGUUUUACAUACAAAACUUUAUUCAAUAAAAAUUAUGACUUCAAGAAAUUCUAACGGCGAAAAAUCUUCUUGUAUCUUCUGUAACAUAGUUAAUAAAUUAGAAAACACAGAAAUCUUGUACGACGAUGACGAUGUUUGUGUGUUUCGGGAUAUUAAGCCAGCGAGCGAUUACCACAUAUUGACUGUACCUAAACGACACAUAGAAGAUGCGAAAAACUUGCAAGCGGCAGAUAAAGAACUUGUGGAAAAAAUGCUAGCCAUAGCAAAGGAAAUGUUACAGAAGAACAACCUGUCUCUCGAAGACGCUAGGUUCGGUUACCACUGGCCUCCGUUCAGGAGCGUCAAACAUCUACACUUGCAUACAAUAGCGCCAGAAUCAAAAAUGGGCUUAAUAGGAAGAAUAAUAUUUAAGAAAGAUUCAUAUUGGUUCGUUUCGCCGGAUUAUGUUGCUUCAAGACUAUGAAACUGAAAACUUCUCUCAACUAAUUUUACAGAUAUACCAGGCUUAAAAAAAUUCUGUAAAAAUAUUGGUUUGUAGUUCCUUUUUAUGUCACUUAUGGCGCUGCUGUCGGUAUUAAUUAUAUUAUUUAAAUUUUUGCUUAUGUGGGAUUUACUGCUAUUGUCAUUCUGAACAUCCGAUAUUUUGUUGAAAUUGCAGACGUAGUCACGGUCGACAAAAUGUCAAUCGCGGUGAGUUAAAUAUACGAUGAUGGACUGUGAAAGCUUAUAAAAUAAUAUUUCUUAUAUUAUUGUAAUUAAGUUGAAGAUUUUAGCUGUUAGACUGAGCUGUCUUCAAGUAUCAGUCUGUAUUGAAUAUAUUAUUCCGUUAGUACUUUUGUAGAAUCGUUUUAAUGUAUAAAAGGAUUAGUUUUAUGAUUGGGACUUAUAUGAAACAACUUCUGCUUCCUGAGAAAAAAAUAAAACAAAGUCAAUGUGA